AUGGCCGAGGUCGAGUCGAAAGAUGCACAUGAAGUGGCAAUCCCCCCCAGUGCGCCUGGAGAGCCUGUCUCAAUUUAUGAUCCCUCUGUCGAACCUCCCUACGGGUGGGUGGUCUGCAUUUCCAUGCACCUGAUCAACGGGUUCACUUGGGGCAUCAUAGCGUCGUACGGAGUCUAUCUAUCUUACUACAUCAAUCACGAGACAUUCGCUGGGGCCUCGGACCUGGACUUUACAUUCGUUGGCGGCGUCAACUUCGCCGCCGCCAUGCUCUGUACGCCUGUCGUCAAUGUGUGCAUCCGUGCCUUCGGGACCAAGCCCACGAUGUACUGUGGCUGUUUCUUUUUCGCAGGGGGCUUUGUGGCAGCCUCGUUCGCCACCAAAUUCUGGCAUUUGAUCCUGUCCCAAGGUAUUCUUGUCGGCCUUGGGACCGGCUUCUGUUGGCUGCCCGCCACACCACUCCUACCAGCCUGGUUUAACCGGAAUCGAAGUCUUGCACAGGGUAUCGCCGCUGCGGGAUCAGGCGUCGGCGGCAUCAUUUUCUCUGCAGCAACCACGCCAAUGAUCGAGAACUUGUCUCUGGCCUGGUCACUUCGAAUCACCGGCAUCAUUGCAUUUGUCGUCUUGUUUUGUGCUUCACUGCUCAUGCGGGACCGUAACGCCACUACUCGACCACGAAUCAAGGCUUUCGAUGUGGCCUUGCUAAGGAGGUAUCGAGUCUGGCUCUUGAUGGGCUUCAGUUUCUUUUCCAUCUCCGGAUAUAUUAUCUGCACCUACACCCUCUCGGCUUUCGCACUGUCGCUUGGUCUUUCUCAGCAUCAGGGUGGAAUUGUCACCACGGUUCUGAAUGUUGGAACAGCCUUCGGACGACCUUGUAUUGGCGUCCUCAGCGAUCGGUUCGGGAGGAUGACUGUCACGUGCUGCUUCACCGCGGUGAAUACACUUAUGGUCUUCGCCGUCUGGAUCCCGACCAAUUCGUAUGGAUUGCUCAUCUUCCUGUCGCUUAUCCUAGGAGUGACGUGCGGAGUAUACUGGGGGACAAUCGGCCCUCUAUGCGCGGAAGUCGUUGACCUCAGUGAGCUCCCGUCGACGCUUGGUAUGAUGUGGUUGUCAAUUUCAAUCCCCGCUUUCUUCUCAGAGGCCAUCGCGCUUGGGAUCCGAGAGCCACAUGCUAAGAGGCCGUAUCUAUGGCCCGAGAUCUACACCGGAUUGGCGUUUCUGAUCGCGAGUUUGUUCAUGUUGGAACUACGAAGACAGAAAUGGGGCCUUUUGACACGGGAGAAGCAUCGAUGA